GGUUCGUGUUUUUGUUUCUGCGUAUUUCGCUGUUUAUAUUUUUCAACCACCAUAAUACGCGGUCCAAUUGUCCCCAAUAUAAUCCCUCUCUUCCUACUAGGGUUCCAUACCUCACUUCUCCCAACAUUUCUCUCUUCUUCUCUCACUUCCUUUUCUGAUUCUCUCUCUCACCCUUUGAAAUUCUAUCAAUUCUAUUUUAGAUUCUCAAUUCUCAUUCUCAAUUUGUUGUUGUUUUUGGUUCACUGGGUUCAAAUUCAAGCCCAAUUUUGGUUCUCACUUCUAGGUUUUCCAAUUGGAGUGAUUUCAAUUUGGAGGGGAAUUUUUUGGUUUCAGGAAAAUUUUGGGUUUUCGAUUCUCGGGACGUCAAGUUGCAGUUGUAAAAGUCUUAAACCUUGAGAUUAUUAUUGUUGUUGUUUUCAAGGUUUGUUUUUUCAAAAUUGGAUUUUGGGAAAUGGGUGUGUGAAAUUUGAUUUUUGAUUUCUGGGUUUUGUAAUUGAGGUGAAAAAGUUGUCAACUUGGAGAGUAAUUCGGGUUUUUUUUUUUUUUUUAAAUUCUGGGUACCACUGGGUCUACGAGAUAGGUAUUGGGGGAAGAGAGAGUGAGGUUUUGUAUAAGUUGCGUUGUGUGUGAGAAUGCCCGCGACGGACUACCAAGGUUCGUCUUCUCCUUCAUCGUUAAUCCAUUUUGGCCGUUCAAUUCUGAGUCUUCGUCGAGAACAGGUUCACUCCAUUUCCAUGGAAGGGUCAAGCUUGGAGGCUGAGUUAGAAUCCUUUCAGCAACACGUCACUAACCGGUUCCUUGAACUCACUUCGGUUGUUCAUGAUGAUUUGCUUUCGCUCUCGUGGGUUGGGAAGCUCCUUCAUUGCUUCUUGUGUUGCCAAGAGGAAUUCAAGGCCAUUCUCCAUAGCCACAGGGCUCAGGUGUUGAGACCCCCUUUGGAUCGCAUGGUGUCUGAUUACUUUGAGCGAAGUGUGAAGGCUUUGGAUGUUUGCAAUGCCAUUCGUGAUGGUAUUGAGCAGAUUCGCCAAUGGCAGAAGCUAUUGGAGAUUGUGCCCUAUGCAUUGGGGCAUCAGAGGAGCAUUGGUGAGGGCCAAUUUCGUAGAGCCAAGAAGGCUCUCAUUGAUUUGCACAUCGGGAUGCUUGAUGAUAAGGAUCCCAACGCCUCGAUUGCACAUCGAAACCGGUCCUUUGGCCGCAGCACUGGUAGCAGGGACCAUCAUAGUCAUGGCCAUAGCCAUGGUCACAAUAAUAGCAGUAAUAAUACCUAUCACCAUCGGUCUUUGGGGCAUUUUCGAUCACUUUCGUGGAGUGUCUCUCGAACUUGGUCUGCUGCUAGGCAGCUCCAAGCAAUUGGGAACAACAUUUAUCCACCUAAGGCAAAUGAGCUUAUGGCUUCUGGUGGCCUUGCAAUGCCUGUGUUCAUCAUGAAUUCGAUCCUGUUGUUUGUGAUGUGGGCUCUUGUGGCUGCAAUUCCAUGCCAGGACCGCGGAUUACAUGUCCAUUUUACCAUUCCCAGGAAUUACUCCUGGGCUGCUGCAAUCCUCUCGCUUCACGAAAGGAUCAUGGAGGAGUCGAAGAAGCGGGAGCGGAAGAAUUCUUGUGGCUUGCUUAAGGAGAUUCAUCAGAUUGAGAAAUGUGCUAGAGUGAUGAAUGAUUUGGCUGAUUCUGUCCACUUUCCUUUGACAGAGGAGAAAGAACGGGAGGUUAGACAGAUAGUGCAGGAGGUUUCACUAGUCUGUGAUGCUUUGAAAGGUGGACUAGACCCUUUGGAGCGCCAAGUGAGGGAUGUGUUCCAUAUAAUUGUGCGCAGCCGUACAGAAGGGCUUGACUCUAUUGGCAGGCCAAGCAAUGCUGAGUAAAUUGUUGCCCCCAUCCUCUAUUUGUGGGUGCUGUGUAAUGAAAAUAGAAGCUGAGAUGAUAUCAUAGCCUAAUUAUGCUUCUAUAGAAAUGGAAGAUUACAAAAUGAAGAAGCGAACGAUCAAUGGAGAUAAAAAGUGGAAGAAUUAGAAAGGCUGGUGAUUUGAAAUGAAGAUGAUACCAACAAUGAAGUGGUAAGGGGGGGGGGGGGGGGGGGGGGGGGAUUCUUGUACCUAAAAAUCACAAUGACGUGGAUCCUUGUGGUCUGUUUUGUUUUCCUCUCCCCUUGAUUUUGUCUCGUGAUGUUCAAUUUUCUCUGUAACUUGCUGCAUCCUCAUUGUAGCUGAUUUUGUUUAUGAAUAUGUGUUAGAUAAAUCUCCUUUUUGUUCAUA